AUGGAGUUUCUCCAUCAAUACAAUGAGUUUGAUGAGGCCAUCCUACAAAGGCAAUACAACUACUUCAAGGGAAAACCUGGAAAGUCUAUUAUCGAAACCAGAGUGAAGCUCAUGACACUGAUGCCCAGUCGUGUCCAAGUGAACUCCAACCACGAACAGGGAAACUGGGAUUCCCUCAAGGCACCCGACGACAUCUCAACCGGACGUUAUCUGGAAAAAUACCUCACCAAAGCUCUACAUCCCAUCUCUACGGACGCCCAUUUCCAGAUCUGUUUCUUAAUCAUCAGUUUCGGAACGGCCCGGAAUCAUUUUUCAAUCUGGCAAAGUGCAAUCGAGUCGUUCAGAGGGUGUCAACGAGACAUGCACCUGGCUCCUGCUAGAGUUAUUGCUCGAUGCGUCGAGGAAGAAUGGGACCUGAAGGAUAUAUGUAAGCCUGGUGUGCACCAAUCCAGCAGUAUACUACCGUCGAAAAAACUACACCAAGACGUCAACCUUCUCUUUGGUAAGACUGAGACCACGUACGAAAUGCACUGGCAAAGUGAUCUACUGACGUAUACGAAUGACGUGAGUGUAUACGUUUGGCAGCCUCACCUAGAAGAGAUACCAACCGAGCACUACAACUCGAUCACGAUUGUUGCUCCAUCAGAUGAUGUUUCCACCACACCAGCAGCAUCGCCCUCAUAUCGCAUGCUUGUUGUUGCGAAUCCGCCAGCUCUGAUGUCCCGAUUUCUCAACACUCAAGACGCCUUUGUGGCGAGCGCAAACACAACACACGCGUGGGACGCAGGUCACGAGAGGUUUCGUGUCUUCUUGAUUUUCCUCAAAUUGACCGUUGAAGACUCAUCAGGUCUUGUUGAUUCGAUGGCCGCCAAAACUAGUGAAAUGAUGUACAAAGGCCGUCGCAGGCCUACGAGAAGCAAGAUUCAAUAUCUUGUCCACUUGGACGAUUGCCGACGCCUAGCCAUCAAGGACUUGUGGCACAUCAACACUUUAGUUGACAAAGCAAGAUCCACGGUCGAGACAAACACCUUCUGCUGCAACCAGUCAGGAAGCCAAGACAAAGCGAAAGCAAUUGAAGUGCUCUCAGGCUUCCAAGACGACAUCAUCUUUCUGGUCAACAGUUUCGAAGCUUUAGAGAAGGCUCUGUUGGUAGCACGAGAACAGAUCAAAGAGCAGAUGGAACUUGCACAAGGGCAAAGAACUCUAAUUAUCACCAUUGCUGCUGCUUUCUUCAUACCUCUGGGAUUCAUUGCAGUGAGCUUGACAUACUUUAUGAUAAUGUUCAACCUACUGAUAGAAGGUCUACUAGUCAAUUUUCGGCAUGAAUGUCAAGGAUCCGCUGUUUCCACACUCGCCAACCAGUACAGAUUCCCCGACACCGGCAUCAGCUCCAAGUGUAGUCCCAGUCCCUACUACGAUCGCCGAGUCAUCUGA